UGUGUACACAUACUCACUUUUAUCCUGAAGAUGGAGUUUCUCUUCAAAAUGAUUUAUGGUAAGUCUUUGUGGUUAGUGGUUUCAGUGGGAGGAGAAAUUUUGAAUGGUGAAGAGUAGUUAACCUUUUUACCGACUGGGCUACUGAUAACCCACAUAAAUCGUCGUUGUGUUUACUUCUGAACCUAAUAUAUAUGACGCUGCGUUGUUCAGUAGCAUUAGCUGCUGUGUAUAGCAUAGUCAUCUGUGGGAAUGUUCGGUGGUUGCCCAUGGCAACCUUAGAGACCACAAUAUGACUAGUACGACAUUAAAGAUUUUUAUUUUUGUGACGUUUGUUUAAAAUUUAAAAAUAAGUUUGUGGCACUGAUAUGACUGUGUUGCAAACAAGUGCCAUUACCAAGUUUCACGAGUAAAAUCGUUUAAGUUUGUUUUGUUUCAGAAUGUUUAUGGUUUACAUACCUAGACGGAUCGAUAUGCAGAAAGUAAUACUGUUGAUGCUAGUAACAGUUUUUGUAAGAAGUGCUCCAAAAAAUGGAGAUAUGUACUUGUGGAUUGACGAACAACAAGUGAAAAUGUUCAGUGGCAUCUCCAUGGAAAUUCAAGCCAUUGUGGAUGGACAUGUUUUACCAUACAUAUUAGAUCCUAACUUUGAAAAAUAUCUUCCAAUCAUUCCUUCAGAGGUGGGCUGUGUCAACUUUACAUGGAAGUCAGGAGUUAAAAAGUACACCUAUCAUUUUGAUAAGCUUCAGUCUUUUGAUGAAGCAAUUUUGGAGCCACCUGUAAUUUCUAUCAAGACCAGAGGUCGUGUGCCACGCAAACCUAAAGUGUUUAGCGUGUUCCUCCCGUGCUCUGGGAACAACUCUGGCAUUGCUGCAUUUGGCAUUGGACUUCUUAUUGAAAGCAAGAAAGGAAAGCCAUUACCAGGCACACCAUUAAGACUACGACUGAGGAAGGAAUGUGCACAGAGGGGCCCAGAUCCAGAGUGUGAUAAGAAAUGUGCCAAUGGCGGCUGGUGUAACUAUGAGAAGAUCUGCCAGUGUCCUGAGGGCUACAUGGGACAGUACUGCAAGACUGCUUUGUGUUAUCCACAGUGCAUGAAUGGGGGCAGCUGUACUGCUCCUGGGGUGUGCAGUUGCGUGAUCGGCUUUCAAGGAAGGCACUGUGAGGGAGGAAUAUGUGCUGAAAAAUGUCUGAAUGGAGGUAAAUGCAUACAAAAGGACACCUGUGAAUGCUCAAAGGGCUAUUAUGGACUACGCUGUGAAUUCUCCAAGUGUAUAAUUCCAUGUCUGAAUGGUGGACGCUGCCGUGGAGUAAAUAAGUGUCGUUGUCCAAAUGGCUUUAAGGGAGAUCACUGUGAGAUCGGACGACGUGUACCUGCAAGGAGUCUGUGCACAAAACCCUGCCGACAUGGAACAUGCAGGCCUGACAACACAUGUCUCUGUGAUCCAGGAUGGUAUGGGAAGUUAUGCCAUCAAAAAGUCCCACAAAUUCGCAAUAGAAGCAGAGUUCGACGUUAACAUGGUCAUAUUCUGAAGUUAACAUCCAUGAAGUAGUACAAUGUGCAUUAUGUGCAGAAUUGAUGAAGGUCUAUAGUCACACUUCAUUGUGCAUUUAAAAGGAAAAUCCAUCUAAUCCUAGUACUUCCAUUUGAGAAAGAUGCACUUCAAACUAUUUACUUAACAGGAGAAUACAGGUACCUGACAUUUUACCAGUGUACCAAUGCAUGUGUGUGACAGAUCCAAUGAAAUAGGUUGUCCAAACAGGAAAGUUCACACAGUGUGUUCGAUUCAGUCUGUUUUAUGUUGGCAUCACUGAUCAAAUAUAAACAAUUCCUUGACAAAAUGUAAAUGAAAAAAUGCCAUUUCUUUACAACUCAGAAUGACAGAAUUUUGACAAUAUUAAUCUUAUUUCACAUCAUAAUGAAAAUGCAUGUGAAUUAUCAUAGUGAAAUAGGCAUUUCUCACAAAGCUGUUGUCAAUUUCUUUCAUGAUUAUUUUCAGUAAAAUAGACACCGUAAUUUUUUUUUUUAUCAUUGUGCUACUAAAUUCAGUUAAACUGAUGCCUAACUGAAUAUAAAGGACCAUAUUAAAACGAGUUUACUUGUUUUAAAUGUUGUGCCUUACCACAAAGGAAGACAGUGGAUACAUGGAUGCUUUUUAUAGUAUAAGUGAAUACAUAGUGCCACUAACCUCUAAAAUAACAGCCAGUCACUUACACUGGGAUUAGAACUAUAGGUUGAAGUGAUUUGUGUAUCAAUAAAUGCAACCUUGUCAUGCUGGGGGCCACAUUCCUUUCUUAUCAACUUGUGGACCCCCAGGUUAUAAACAAGGACAAUUUAUUAAUAUUUCAUUACAACUUCUAAAAAAAUUUACCAAUUUAUAAUCACAAAUAUGUUAACAUUUUAAUGCACUUUUUGACAAAUUUGUUCAUUAAACUUUGUAGUAACUAAAAAUUAAAUAUUUGAGUUAGGCAAUAAUAAUUUUUUCAUCAUACAGAAUGAUACAGUAGUACAUAAGUAUACACAGGCUGCAGGUUUAGAAUUCAUGCUCUAGACGAUCAGUGCAUUAUAUUAUGUCAUGGCCACUAGAUUUGUUACCAUAUCAGUACUAGUCUGGUUGAUCAGUGCUUAUACUGUGCACUUAUGACUUUGAUUGUAAAAAUUAGGAGCCGGCUCUCUAAUGGAUCCUCAAAUUCUAGAUGAAUAUCUGUUGAAGUUAUUUCCUUUCCAUAUCAUUCUCCUUCCCCUAUCACGUACCAGAAUCAUUAAACAAUUGCCAAUAAUUUUUUUAUAUCAGUGUAAUAACCAAAAGUAAAGUCCUUAUCACAAUCUAUCUUUGAGUUUCUAAUAUUACAGACAGGAGGGGAUGUAUUUUUACAUCGAAUGCUAUUCAAUACAUUUACUGAAAAUCAGGGAAUAAUAUAACAACAGGGACAUAUUUAUAAUUGUGAUAUGUGACAUUUUCAUGAAAUCAACAUAUUAUUGUUAUUUAUGACCAAGUUUUACCAUAUGUCAGACAUAUAUUUUGUACAGUUUAAUAGUACCAUUGUGUUAGUAUUCAAGGCUUCAUAAUUAUAAUUAUGUAUCUCAAAUUAUAAAAUGCAAAGUUUUCUGUUAGAUGGUAUUUUAGACUCUCCAAAUUUAAGCACUUACGAAGACCAAUUUGUCUCUUUAUAAAAUAAUUCUAAUGCUAUGUCAAGGAAUGAAUCAUGGGUCUUGUAGGAUCAUGGUGCCAGUAAUCUAGAUUCCUGAGGUUUUAAGUGAAAUUUCCAUCCAGCACACACGUGUGAGUGAUGACCACAUGUUUAUGUGUGAUGAUAUUUUUAUUGCAUUUUUUCAUCACCAUUCCAUCUUUAUUAAGUUGACCAUAUAUGUAUAUCAUAGUAUACAAUGACAUGAAAACAUAUAGGGGUGUGGAGGUAAAGGUACACAUCCUUAAUCUUGGGGUAAGUAUUUGUAUUCAUCCCCAGUACCCAUAGAAACUUUUUUUUUAUAUUGUUCAUAUGUUUGAAAUUGUUCACAUCUGUCACAAAAUGAGCAAGUUGGAAUGAUCAUUCUGUGAUGUGUUGAAGGGUGAAUACAUCCAUCAGGAUCUUUAAUAAAUUUAAUAAACUUGGUAAUUCCACAUAAAACACUUUCAAACACAGGGAUGAAAUAAGCAGGGAUGCCCAUUGGUAAUAUGUAGUAUUAUGUGCUGCCUUAAAAAUCUUUUAACUAGACUUUGUACAUGUUUUUGUAAAGAACUGAACAAGAUCUGUUGUACACAUGAGAGAAAAAUUGGCAGAAUGAACAGAUCUGUUUUAAAUUUUUUGUUGUCUUCCACAGUGUUUAUUACCAAACUUGCUAAUAGAAGAUUCUGGUGCUAAAGAAUAUUGCUGGCAGAUUAUAUUUUAUAAGCUUGGUACUGGAAAAAAGAAACUAAGGUUUCACAAGAAGCCAUUAAAUAAAUGCAUGUAGCCAUGUAUUUUGUGGUUAAAGCACCACUCUGUAUCAACAGGCAGAACAGUGUUGUGAUGAUACUGUUUGGUAGUCAUUAUUUGUUUAAUGUCAUUAGCUACUGCAAUUAAAUAUACAUAUAUGGCUUUAAGUUCAUAUGGAUCAGUGUUUAUAAAAAUAAUAUUUUCUGAAUAUAUCUUUGCCAUUA